AUGCCACCCAGAGCUUCAAGCCUCACGAUAACCAAUCCCUUGGUCUUGUACAGAAGUCUUAUAGCUACCAAUCGCAUCCAGCCAGACCCAGCACAGCAUCGCCUCGCCCUCCAUCUCCAAAAGGUUUAUGAGAAUCUCAUAGACUAUGAACCCAGCAUCGAAUAUUCAGACCGCUUAAAGCAAUUGACCCGUGCUGUUAGUGCCAGUCACCCGGACCGCGCGCCAAUUGGCACAAGAGGAAUAUGGACAUCCCUCCUCGCGCAGAAGCAAAAAAACGAUACUCUGGCUCUAACGCGCACACUCACUAGCCAUGAAGCUGCCAUGGCGCUCCAGAGUCCGAAAGGGUUGAUGCUGCACGGCGAAGUUGGAACCGGGAAAUCCAUGCUCAUCGACCUGUUUGCCGACUGUCUGCCCAACCGCAAGAAAAGGAGAUGGCACUUCAACACAUUCAUGCUGGAGACGUUCUCGCGGCUUGAGCAGCUUCGCCUUUCGAGGGCCACGUCACCACUGGACGGCGUUGCCCGAGACGAGUAUAGCUUGUUGUGGCUGGCUCGCGACCUCAUCGAGAAAUCACCCAUUCUCUUUCUUGAUGAGUUCCAGUUGCCUGACCGCGCAGCAGCUAAGAUACUGUCCAAUCUGAUGACAACUUUCUUUCAGCUGGGUGGGGUGCUCAUCGCGUCAAGCAAUCGCAUGCCAGAAGAGUUGGCCAAGGCUGCGGGAAUGGAGUUUGCGAGACCAGUUUCAAGAUUGAGUCGGUUGGGUUGGCGGUUAGGCAUGCCGGGUGUGACUGGAAGAGACGAUGGACCAGGGCAGAAGGGCGAGUUUGCGCAGUUCUUGGAGGUCUUGCGGACGAGAUGUGAGGUCUGGGAGAUGGAGGGCAAGAAAGACUAUCGGCGGGUGGCGGGCAUGGAAGGGUCUUCUGUUCGAUCUACAGCGACUGCCCCCGACAUCUCGACACAGAGCGAUGCGCAAGGACCGAGUCAAGGAAACGCCAUCACCGAUACAGACAAGGUCUCUGCAACGACGGAAUCGGAGGUUACGAUGCCGAAAAAUUAUCUUCUCACGCCCUCUCCCACCGCCACAGAAGAGGAGGUCGCCUCAUACCGCCAAUCCCUAACUACAAUCGCCCACACCGCAACAUCCACACCUGCCUCCCACCUAAUACCAUGGACAUCGUUCGCCCUGCGAGUCUACGGCCGCCCCCUUGUCAUCCCCCUCCAAUACAACGGCGUUGCCCUAUUCACCUUCUCCCAAAUUUGCGGCGCCUCCCUCGGCCCCGCCGACUUCAUCACCCUCGCCUCCACCUACCCCACCAUCAUCAUAACCUCAGUCCCGGUCCUUACUCUCCUCCAGAAAAACGAAGCCCGUCGCUUCAUCACCCUCCUCGACGCCAUGUACGAGGCGCGCUGCCGCCUCGUGCUCACCGCCGCCGCAGCCCCGGACGACAUCUUCUUCCCCACGUCCGCGUCCACCUCGAAACAGGAAACAGUCGACGACGCAGUCCAUCCAGAGACGUACUCGGAGAUCCACCAGGACCUGACCAGCCCGUUCCGGCCCAACGUCUCAUCGUACAAUCCAUCCAGCUCGUUGCCAAUGGACAGCUUGGAAGACGACCCGCCGAACCGGUUCCGCCGCCCGGGAUCGUCGUACACGGACGAGCGCCGCACCAGCAGUGGCAGUGCGUCCCCCGACUUCGCCAAUCUCGGCGGGCUGACGGGCGAGGACGAGCGUUUCGCGGUCAAGCGUGCGGAGAGCCGCAUCUGGGAGAUGUGCUCUGGGGCGUGGUGGGAGCGGGAAGAGCUGUGGCGGCCGCUGCCGAGGGAGGUGAGGCAUUGGGAGAUGGGCAGGGCGGAUGCGGCGUCUAUCGCUGCUGAGGGGAAGGCUGUGAGGGAGGGGGAUGGCGCGCCAAGGGAGUUGUUUCCCCAUGGCGCGAGCCCGUUUCGCACGAGCGAGGAUGUGCCGCCGAAGAUUGGCUGGACGCAUGCUUGGGGGAUGGUGACGUGGGGCAAGAAAGCUGGGGCGUGGGGGAAGGGGGUCGAGGGGCUGGCGGAGCGGAAGAGGGAUGGCGAGGGAGAGGGAGAGGGAGAGGGUAAGCGUUGA